AUGUCCGACGAAUACUAUACACCAAGCUGGCGGGCACGCAUCGGGAACACCGACGAGGCUGGUGAACGUAGGCAGUGGCAGGAUGCACACAAUAGCGCUCACAGGCAGAAGAUGGACAACUUCUACAAUUUGUCGGAAGGCGUACGGGCGCGUGAUAGAGGAGAGCGUGAAAUGAAAGAUACAGUGGAACAGAAAAGAGAAUGGGUGGCGGCUCGCCAAGCUGAACGCAGAGAAUGGCGUUUAAGUGAAUUAACACCAACUUGA